AUGGCCAUGAAAUGUGCUGCUUCCUCUGCUGUUCGUUCUCUGCUUUCCUCCUCCUCCUCCGCCUUCUCCAGAAACCUUCAUGCCCAAGGUGAAAAGAAGAAGAUUGUGGGAGUGUUCUACAGAGGGAAUGAGUAUGCAAAAUCGAAUCCCAAUUUUGUGGGAUGUGUUGAAGGAGCAUUGGGUAUUCGUGAGUGGUUGGAAUCACUCGGUCAUCAGUAUAUUGUUACUGAUGACAAAGAAGGGCCCAAUUCUGAACUUGAUAAGCACCUUCCUGAUACGCAUGUCCUUAUAUCUACUCCAUUUCAUCCUGCCUAUGUCACUGCUGAAAGAAUAAAGAAAGCCAAGAAUCUGGAACUGCUUUUGACUGCUGGCAUUGGUUCUGAUCAUAUUGAUCUCAAAGCUGCAGCUGCUGCUGGUUUAACUGUGGCAGAGAUAACAGGAAGCAAUGUGGUGUCGGUUGCCGAGGAUGAACUCUUAAGAAUCCUUGUUCUAGUGAGGAAUUUCUUGCCAGGGUACCAUCAGGCUAUUAAUGGGGAAUGGAAUGUUGCUGGCAUUGCACAUAGAGCUUAUGAUCUUGAAGGCAAGACAAUAGGAACCGUUGGUGCUGGACGAAUUGGGAAGCUUUUACUCCAGAGAUUGAAACCUUUUAACUGUAAUCUUCUGUACUAUGACCGACUUAGAAUGAAUCCUGAUUUGGAGAAAGAGAUUGGAGCAAAGUUUGAGGAGGAACUUGAUGCAAUGCUUCCAAAGUGUGAUGUAAUUGUUAUCAACAUGCCUCUCACUGAACAAACAAGAGGAUUGUUUGACAAAAACAGAAUUGCCAAGUGCAAGAAAGGUGUGGUGAUUGUUAACAAUGCUCGAGGGGCUAUUAUGGACACUCAGGCAAUUGUCGAUGCAUGCAAUAGUGGCCAUGUUGCAGGCUACGGUGGGGAUGUUUGGCCUGUACAACCAGCUCCAAAGGAUCAUCCAUGGCGCUACAUGCCAAACCAUGCCAUGACUCCUCAUAUUUCUGGCACCACCAUAGAUGCACAGUUGCGUUAUGCUGCUGGGGUCAAAGACAUGCUUGAUAGGCACUUUAGGGGCAAAGAAUUUCCAGAACAAAACUACAUUGUGAAGGAGGGUCAACUUGCAAGUCAGUAUCGAUGA